AAAAUAUUAGAAACACAGCUGCUGCUUCUCACAAAUGGCUUCCACUUCCACACUCUUCUGCAGAGCCAAAGCAAUACUUCCCUUCUCCUCCACGCUACGACGUCGUUUGCCUCUCGUCGGAGCAAUCUGCGUACUCGGCUUCGGCCUCCCCAAUCUCUUCUCCGCCGCCUGCAGAACCCGCUGCGCUCAGUCUCUCCCUUUUGCCCCUCUCUUGAGAUCAAAAUUCAGUAGCCAAGCAAAGGCAAUGGAAGGGACUCAAGGCAGCAGCACUGUACCAAGCAUUGUUGUUUAUGUCACUGUACCCAACAAAGAAGUAGGAAAGAAGUUAGCUGAAAGCUUGGUCAGAGAAAAACUUGCAGCAUGUGUUAACAUAGUACCAGGCAUUCAGUCCAUCUAUCAGUGGGAAGGUGAGGUUCAGACAGAUUCAGAGGAGCUUCUUAUAAUCAAGACCAGGCAAUCCCUUUUUGAAGCUCUAACAGAGCAUGUCAAGACAAACCAUCCAUAUGAUGUCCCAGAAGUUAUUGCCUUGCCCAUCAACGCGGGCAGUCUCAACUACUUAGAAUGGAUCAAGAACAGCACAAAGGACUGACUUAAAGGCUUAAAGCUCAUUUUAAGGGUUCAAGUAUCUAUAGAACCAUUUGAGCAUGUCUUGAAGUGGCAAGCAUAUGGUCCAUAAGUCUGUGUAUGCCCAAGCAUUCCAAAUAAACAUUUCUUAAUGUUGGUUGCUAUAGUAAUUGUGAACCUCUAAUGGUGUGUGGGUUUCCUGUUGGUUACUUUGCAAGGUAAUGUAUGCACUUAUUCUAGUAAAAGCAUAAAUAUAUGCCCUGUUAUGCAAUUAUACUUUA